CAGGAAGUAGUUGGUCCCACCGUACUGAGAUUUUUUGUGAAACCAGGUACCUGAAAGAAAAGAAGGGAUUAACCGGUUUUAGCGAUAUAUCUCACAAACAGUGGCCAAAUAUGUCUCACGACCCUUGGAUCCAGAACUAUGACGCCACAUGUCGUCUGGCUCAAGAAAUUGCUGAAAACAUCCAUGAACGCAACCGACAGCAAAGGACUGGAGGGAACACGGCGAAGAUUAACAUGACGUUGCGAGCCUCCCUCCAGAAGCUGAAGCAGAACAUCAAUCAACUGAGAGAGACUCUCAUCCGAGCCACAUCCCAACGCCGCAUUAUCCAAGUGGAGGCGGACAGAAGACAGAACCUGCUGGACAGCCUGGUGACACGGGAGAGGCAGCUCCUCACCACCUUCAAAGGAGACGUCGGCGUGUCGGAGCCCGCCAGGUCCAAUCUGAUUGGUGGAGCAGACGGGCAGGGCGGAGCGGUGAACCCCUGGUUGGUGGACGAGUCGGACGAAACGCGAGGACUCAGCUUCGGGGAGAUCAAACACCAGCAGCAGCAGAUCAUCGAAGCUCAGGAUGCAGGACUGGAUGCGCUGGCCGCCGUCAUCAGCCGACAGAAGCAGAUGGGACAGGAGAUCGGCAACGAGCUGGACGAGCAAAACGAGAUCAUCGAUGACAUCACGAACCUGGUGGACAAAACGGACAGCCGGAUCCGGGGAGAGACGCGAAGGGUUAAGCUGGUGGAGACCAAGUCGGCUUCCUGUGGAAUGAUGGUGGUUAUUGUGCUUCUGCUCAUUGCAAUAAUCAUGGUUGCGGUGUGGCCUACCAGCUAAUGACAAUGCCACGGAUGACGACUUGGAUGUCUUAAACCACUGGAACUACUCUUAGUCAUUGAGGAGGAUGGCAAGAUUGUGAGCUUGUGAGCCGUAGAUGGACUUGUGUAAAAAAAAAAAAAAAGAAGUGGCCUCAACUCUCCUCUCAACGUCUCCUCUCCAGUCCCCUCACAUAAACUCUUUGCCCUUAGUUCGCCCUCCUUGAGAAAAUGAAGGAAACGCUGUUGCUGAUGCCAAACCUGAUGCCAAGGAAGGAAGGAGCGAGCGACUGAUGGAGGUGGAGAUGCCAGCGCAGCGAAAAGGCUUUUGAUUCCAUAAACGGCUGUUGUUUGGUUUUGAGGGCGGCAGCUGUUUCUCUGACGACCCCGAGCAAUACAAUCUCCCUAACCCGGUUUCUCUGUCUGCUGGCGUCUUGUGUUUGAGAGCGGGCCGGGCAGAGUUUGGGUUGGGUACUGUAAUUUCCACUUGCUUUUAGCAAUGUAUUGGUCUCAUCAUGUGUUGUUGAAAUCUUUUUUUUUUUUUUGUCCUGAAAUUUUAUAGUGUUUUCAGAGAAACGUUUCCAAUCAAAACAAAAACCCCAGCCUUUUUGUCUUGCUAACCAGACUGCGUGACUCGCUUGUAAAUCAGUUAUGCUCGGUGGUUCUAAUUUCUAAUAAACACAUUUUACAGGUACCCCAAAACAUC